GAUUCUGGGAGCAGGAAGAGAAGCUGAGCAGCCGGAAGGACACGAUGCUCCCCGCUCUCCGCCAGGCGAGCCCCCCACCGGCAGCUCGACAUGCCCCGGACACGGACAGCUGAGACCCUCCGCUGGUCACAUCUUCCAGUAUGUGCUGACUGUCUGUAUUUACAGAAGAUAUAUAAGAAAGACAAACUUUAUUUUGGAAAGUUUUUUUGAUUCCAGUGGAAUCUGUGCUUAAGCUCCCCCAACCCUUCGCUUUGCAAGCCCCUCUCUUCCAAGUGGGACACUAUGCCUGUACAAGCUCCACAAUGGACCGAUUUCUUGUCCUGCCCCAUUUGCACCCAGACCUUCGACGAAACCAUCCGAAAGCCCAUCAGCCUGGGCUGCGGGCACACGGUCUGCAAGAUGUGCCUGAACAAGCUGCACCGCAAGGCUUGCCCAUUCGACCAGACUACCAUAAACACCGACAUCGAGCUGCUUCCCGUCAACUCGGCCUUGUUGCAGCUAGUAGGAGCUCAGGUACCUGAGCAGCAGCCGGUCACACUAUUUAGUGGGGCUGAAGACUCCAAGCAUUAUGAGGAGGCCAGAAAGUGUGUGGAGGAGCUGGCACUUUACCUGAAACCCCUGAGCACGGCUAGAGGUGUGGGUCUAAACAGCACCACGCAGAGCGUGCUGAGCCGUCCCAUGCAGAGGAAACUUGUAACGCUUGUGCAUUGCCAGCUUGUGGAGGAAGAGGGCCGCAUUCGAGCCAUGAGGGCCGCACGCUCGCUGGGAGAGAGAACAGUCACCGAGCUCAUCCUCCAGCACCAAAAUCCCCAGCAGCUCUCCUCUAAUCUAUGGGCAGCAGUGCGUGCCCGCGGCUGUCAGUUCCUUGGACCAGCCAUGCAGGAAGAGGCCCUGAAGCUUGUCCUCCUGGCUCUGGAAGAUGGAUCUGCACUCUCGCGGAAGGUUCUGGUUCUAUUUGUGGUACAGAGACUGGAACCGCGCUUCCCUCAAGCCUCGAAAACCAGCAUUGGGCAUGUUGUCCAGCUGCUGUACAGAGCCUCCUGCUUUAAGGUCACAAAGCGCGAUGAAGACUCUUCUCUAAUGCAGCUGAAAGAGGAAUUUCGCACUUACGAAGCACUGCGCCGUGAGCACGAUUCCCAGAUUGUGCAGAUCGCUAUGGAGGCUGGCCUGCGCAUAGCGCCCGAUCAGUGGUCCUCCCUGUUAUAUGGGGAUCAGUCUCACAAAUCCCAUAUGCAGUCCAUUAUUGACAAGUUGCAGACCCCGGCCUCGUUUGCUCAGAGUGUCCAGGAACUGACAAUUGCUCUUCAAAGGACUGGAGACCCUGCCAACCUCAACAGGCUGCGGCCUCACUUGGAACUGCUUGCCAACAUUGAUCCAAGCCCAGAUGCUCCACCACCAACAUGGGAGCAACUAGAGAAUGGUCUAGUGGCUGUGAAGACUGUGGUGCAGGGGCUAGUGGAUUAUAUCCAGAAUCACAGCAAGAAGGGGACUGACCAGCAGCAGCCUCCCCAGCACAGCAAAUACAAGACCUAUAUGUGCAGAGAUAUGAAACAGAGGGGAGGCUGCCCCCGUGGGGCAAGCUGCACCUUCGCUCAUUCUCAAGAGGAACUGGAUAAGUUUCGGAAAAUGAACAAACGUUUGGUUCCCAGACGGCCAAUAAGUAAUUCUCUUGGUCAGCUGAAUGAAGUUGGGUUACCCACUGGGACAAUACAUUCGGACGAGGGGCCCAUGGACCUGCAAAGCCGAAAGCAACCUGGCCUUCCCAAUGGCAUUGUGUCCGGGGGCCCGGUGACCCAGCUCAUCUCCAGGGGGACAGACUCCGGCUUCGAGUCUGUACUCAAGCCAGUGAAACUCGAUCAGCUAAGCAGCAGUGCCCCAAGCUCUCCUCCUGAAAUGUUGGAAGCUGUCCCCAAAACUUCCAUUUCUGCCUUACCUGGAAACUCUCACCAAACGACUCCCCGCAUCUCCAGUGAUCUGCCCCAGCUGACUGUGUCUAAACAAAUACAGAUGGUGCCGCGAAGCUCGCAGAUCUAUGCCCCUCCUCAGUCUGAUAUAUUCUAUCAAGACCCUCGUGCAGGUGGUCCUCAAUUUGAAACAGCUCCUUAUCCACAAAGUGUCUAUUACCCUCCUCAGUCUGUCUCGCGCUUCAUCAGACCGCCAGCUUCUGCCCCUGAACCUGCACCCCCCUACCUUGAUCAUUAUGCCCCGUACUUGGCAGACAGGGUUGUCAGCACACAGUAUGGCACCCCCACUCAGCAGUACCCUCCUAUGAGCCAGCCGAUGUAUCCUCCACACUAUGACGGCCGCCGCGUCUACCCCUCACCUGGCCAGUCCUACCAGAGAGAUGAGAUGGUGCGUGGUAGUCCAGUGCCACUGGAUAUGCCACCUACCCCUGUCUCUCCCUAUGUGCCCGAAGCCAGAGAAAGAUACCAGGCAGUUGAAGGCUACUAUCCAGUGUCACCCCACCCAGGGCAAAUAAGACCUUCAUAUCACAGGGAGCAUUAUAGCAGAUUGCCUCCUCAACAUCCAUCCCAGCCUCAUCCUAGUCUUGAUGAACUGCAUCGCCGCCGUAAGGAGAUCAUGGCACAGCUUGAGGAGAGGAAAGUAAUCUCUCCUCCACCGUUUGCACCUUCUCCAACGCUUCCUCAUCCUUUCUCUUCAGAUGAGUACCUCGAUGAGGACCUAAAGGUAUCUGGAAAGUACAAAGGAAAUGACUACAGCCAGUACUCGCCAUGGUCCUGUGACACAAUCGGCUCCUACAUUGGAACCAAAGACGCCAAACCCAAAGAUGUUUCGGCCGGAGGCAGCAUGGAAGUAGCUAAUGUGGACAGUAAAGGUCUACGUGACCAGCGCAUUGAGCUCCAGCGUAGAGCAACCGAGGCUGGAGAAGAUGAUCUCAUUCCUUUUGGUGACCGACCCACGGUGUCUCGCUUUGGCGCCAUCUCCCGCACCACUAAGACCUUGUACCAGCCACCCGGCGCCAUGCAGCAGGCACUGGUAACACAAGGCGCUGCUUCCAAGUCCAGCAUUUCUGAUUACAGUCUGUAUAGUAGUCAUUCUGGCUUGGGAGGGCCUCAGUACUCGCCCCAUCAAAACCUUCCUUCUCAGGGACACGCGAGUGAGAGAGAGCGAAUGUCGAAGCCGUUACCUACAUCUGAGAGAGAACAGCUCAGGAUGGAGCUUCAUCAGCUGAACCAGCAGAUCAGCCAACACAGCCAGAUGCGUGGCAUGGAGGCUGCAAGUAAUCGCCUGCUAUUGCAGAGAGAGAAUUCUCAGCAACAGCAACCUCCUCCACCACCUCCAGCCAAGUGGUCCAGCAUGCUGUCCAAUGAACAGCUGAGCCUGGAACUUCAUCAGGUAGAACGUGAGAUAGGAAAGAGAACACGUGAGCUGAGCAUGGAGGGCCAUUCUCUUGGUAUUAAAAACAAACAGGACGCUCUCAAAGUGGAGAAUGGGCAGCUGGAUCAACAGGCCAAGGUUAUGCAGCAUGACCUUCCGCUGACAUUCAGUAAUGAGGUGCCAAAUGGAUCAGGCUUGGCUCAGGACAUCACUUUAAUGGCUGGAAAAACUGCUUCUCUGAACCUCUCGGAAGAUCCACAGGGUGGAGGGGACAAGAAUGAGUCCCUCAGAGGUGGAGUCGGUUCCACCACUUCACCAUAAACGGCCAGGGCUUUCUACACACCCACCCAAUUCAUUACAAAAAAAAAAUAGCUAUUAUUUGAAGGUGUUAUGGUCCAGUGGGAAGCAGAAAAAAAAAUUAACAGCAUUGUUUUGUUUUUUUAUAUAAUUUGUUUUGGCCCUUUUUGUUUUUUGGAGAGAGGGAGAACAGUGCAAUUUAGCUGUGAGACAGAAUAAUUACUUAAGUGUUGCUUACAAAUACUCCGUUUUGGGGGUUAAAGAUGGGAGAAAUCUAUGACACGACCCCUCUGUUCCCUCUUCUCCAAAGCAUGAUAAACGAUAUAUAAACAUGAUGUGCAUUGAAAACACCACUAGUACCAACAACCUCUGCACAUAUUUUCACGUUAACACAUUUUUUAAUAAAAAAAAAAUAUAAGGAAUACAAAA